CAGCCCCCAGAGAAGAGAACAGGCUGGCUUGCAGGACGGCCUUGCCAGUGGCCAGGAGCAGCAGAGGGGGAUGAAGGGUGCAGAGAUGGAAAGUGACAAGGUCACCUUCUGCACAGAUAACCAGUGUGUCUCCCUACAGACCCGAGAGAUGGACUCCAUGACAGUGGCUCCCAUAGCCCCCAGGAUGCCGAGGCUUCGUUUGGCCACCCUGGCAUUCAUAGCUGUGAUUGUGGUCUUCUUUCUCGUGGCUCUCUUUGUUGUGGCUCUCCAGCCCCGAAGCCCUGCUCUGGAGGAACGUCCUUCCUUCCAAGAGUUUCAAGCCAUGUUUCUGGGAGACAACACUACUGGCCAGUCACCUGUGGAGCCCAACAAUCAUCACUACUUUGGCAGGGCAGCAGAAGUGCAAGAGGUCAUCCAGAUGUUCAGAGGGCACAUGGAAAGUUCCCGCACCUGGCAUGAGGAGAUCCAGAUGUUGAAUUUCAGAGUGGACAAUGUCAGUUCUCAGAUCCAGAUGCUUGGAGGUCAUCUGGGAGAUGCCAGGGCUGACAUCCAGAUGGUAAAAGGUGCUCUGAAGGACACUAACACCUUGGGCUUGCAGACCCAGACAUUAAGGAGCUCCUUGGAGAGGGCCGAUACCGAGAUUGAGAGGCUGAAGGGAAGUCUACAAAGUGCAAAUGCUCUAAACACGCAGGCCCAGACCUUUCUGCAGGGCAGUUUAGACAACAUCAGUGCUGAGAUGCAGGUGCUGAGAGGUCAUUUGGAAAGGGCAGGUGAUGAGAUUCAUGUGUUAAAAAGAGAUUUGGAAACUGUCACUGCCCAGACCCAAAUAGCAAAUGGCCAUCUGGAACAGACAGAUGCUCAGAUCCAAGAGCUAAAAGCAGAGCUGGAAAAUGCCAGUACUUUAAAUGCCCAGAUUCAGGUGUUGAAUGGUCAGUUGAAAAAUGCCAGCAGAGAGAUACAGACCCUAAAACAAGGAGUGAAGGAUGCUGCAGCCUUAAAUUCCCAGACUCAGAUGUUAGAGAGCAAUCUGCAGAAGGCCAGUACUGAGAUGCAGAGGCUUAAAGGGGAUUUAGAGAACACCAAGACUCUAACUACAAAAAUCCAGGAGGAGCAGAGUCGCCUGCGGAACCUCUUUGCAACCCUUGCUUCACAGGAGCAGCAACAAAGUUCCCAAAAUCAACUUCUCCAGCUGAUCCUGAAAGGCUGGAAGGUCUAUGCGGGAAACUUGUACUACUUUUCACAUGUCAAGAAGUCCUGGCACGAGGCUGAGAAUUCCUGUGUGUCCAUGGGAGCCCACCUGGCAUCGGUGACCUCUCAAGACGAGCAGACAUUCCUGGUAUAUUUCACAAAAAACUCUUACCACUGGAUUGGCCUCACUGACAUGGGCACAGAGGGCUCCUGGCGCUGGACAGACGGGACACAGUUUGAUAAGGCCCAGAGCAGGGCGUUUUGGGACAAAAAUCAGCCAGACAACUGGCGGCACAGGAAUGGGCAGACUGAAGACUGUGUCCAUCUCCAGCAGUUGUGGAAUGACAUUGACUGCAAUAGCCUCUAUUACUGGGUCUGCAAGAGGCCCAUGGAUCAGCGGGUGGCAGGCCAGAGCUGAGGGGUCAUCCCGGCUGCAGUGCUGGACCCUCCUCCAUGACUCCUGAAGGAUCUCUGAAUUCAGGCUAUUCCCUAGGUCUUCCUAGGGAGGCCUUUGUGUUUCCUGCCGUGUCCUUUCAUUUAAACCUUUCUAGCAUGCUUAUGUCAUGAGAUCCAGCAGGAUCGAUGGCUCUUCAAGGGGAGAGCCUUGUGCCUUUGUAACCCCUCAGCCACCAGCACAGGCUGCCAGCAGCAGAUUCUCAAUAAAGACUCACUGAAUGAAGAAAGUUCUGU